AUGGCGAUGGUUACAACUCAAGUCAUGACUCCUCCAGCUGAGGAUGGUCAAAUUCCUGUAUCGGACUUGACCUCAGACAAAGUCAACGGCCAUGUCGAUCCACAGAAGGAAAUGAACGACCUUACUACGGAAAACACAGUGCAGCCGCUCGGCGACGGAGAUAAGGAACAUGGCUUCGGACAACUCCAAGAGCGGUUCGCCGCCAUGGAAGCCAAGCUCAAGCUCAUCGACAGCAUCGUUGACCUCCGCCAAACAUUCGAGAGGCUCGAUCGGCCUGAGCAAGAGGUGUCGAAGGAUGGUGUCGCGAUCGAGUCAAUGACGAUGAAUGAGCUGUCGAUCCAUCACGAGGCACACCUCGACUUUUACUGGGACGCCAUGUGGUUCAUGAAGAGGGCCAGGGACUCGCACGACUCUCUCUUGAAAGUCAAGAAGGCUAUGAAGGAGAAGCGAGAUGCAGAGUUGUUGGCAAAGUCUAAGAGCUUGACCGAGAAGGAACCGGAGGCGUCGAGGAAAUUGAGCGUUGGGGCAUUUCUCAAGGGGGAGAAGGCCAAGGUCGUCCGGGUCGAUUGGCUCGUAUUCAUUGCAAGCAAGGGGGAGCUUGAAAGCUCCAUUCUGACCCCGAUCGAGGUCAUAUCCUCGGAGCCAGAGCCCCAAACGAUCCUUCAGCUCCCGGUGAAUCGCACAGGAGGAUCAGUCAAGGCAAAGUCCUCUGGCCAUCGCGUUGUGGAUAGCGACAAAGACCAAGAGUCCGCUGGCGAACGGCCUCUGCCUGAGAGAAUCAAGAUUCACUCGGGCCCCCUGGUGGCCAUCUUCUGCCGCGUCAUGGACAAGAAGGAAUGGAGUGUUGCCAAGGACAAGUCGAUGGUGUUUCUGCGGCCAUACCGGCAGUUGGUUUAUCACGAGACCAAGCUGAGGGAGUAUCUUGCGGAUCUGGAGAAGCAGUUUGAGGGCUACGAUGGAACGGAACCGCUUCCUGAAGCAUCAGAGGAACAGGGGGAGAGCGAUAAAGAAGCAAAGGAGUCUGAAGAAGCUUCGAAGCCCACUUUUGGGGAGGAGCCUGAGGGAAAGAAAGACGAUGAUCAACUGGAGAAGCCGAAUGGCUCCGUUGAGGAGCCGCAAAACACAAACAAGACUGAUUCUCAAGACAACCAAGAAGAGGAGAAGGGCAAAGAUGGCGAUAAUAAAGAAGAAGAAGAAAAGGAUGAAAAACACAACACCAUCACUGGACUACUUCACCUCCGGUGCUUGAUGGACUUUUUCGACAAGAACAUCAAGGCAAAGCUCGAUCACAUCAGCAGCCCUGACUACACUCACGUCUCAUUCCACGACAUCUGGCACCUCUUCAAACCUGGAGACAGGGUCGUCGAUCAGACUGAGAAACAGGCCUACGUCAUCCUACGCGUGCAGACGCCGCGACACAAGGUUGAGGAGCCCUGGCUGCGCUGGUACAAGAAGCCCACGAACAAGAAUGACAGCGACAGUGAAGAUGAAGGAGAUAAUGACGAGGGGGAGGAUCCCGUCAUGCUUCACUGCGUCUAUAUCGACUUUGACGGCAAGCAGUUUGGACCUGUCUCGAAAAAGUUCAAGAUUCCCCAGUUUGGAGAACUCAAGGAUAUCAGGUCACUUCCUGUGUAUCCUUUCCGACAUGCCAAGAACAAGCAUCUUCAAGAGGACUUUAUCAAGCGUGGGAAGAUGCUUCUCGACGUGGCCAAGUUUAAACCUAUGUACUACAUGGGUCUCACGCUGGACACGCGAGAUGAGAUUGACAGUCAAGUGGUUGUGGAUUUCAACGAGGCGUUAGCUGACGAGAAGAGACGAAAGAAGUGGGAGCCCACAAUUGGACCCGUUGGUACAGCUCCGGAUGAUAGGGAUGAUGAACCCUGUAUGGCGUCUUGUUGUGAUGGACAGGCUGUACAUGACGGCGAGUAUAUUGACUCGACUUUGACUGAGAACUAUGUCAGAAGCCUCAUCCCGAAGACUUCUCUGCGGGCACCGUCUUUGUUGCUGUCUCCUAGACCGUUGGAAGAUCUGGGCGGCGUGGAAGGGCUCACUGAAGAGGAGUUGGUAGUCAUGACAUAUCGAGUAUUCGGCUUUGUGCUGCGAAGUCGAAAAUGGGCUCAACUCGACCUCACGUUUCUCCGAUACGAAAACGCCGACGCGAGGAGCGUGUCGAUCAACGCGUUUGAGCGGCUCGAGUUGCCGGCGGGUCAUAGAGAGAUGGUCAAGUCUCUUGUGAUUCAGCACUUUCGGUCGAGACAGACGGCGUUUACGAAGGAUGAGCAGACUGACUUGAUCAAGGGGAAGGGUAAGGGACUUAUCAUGCUGUUGCAUGGAGCACCUGGAGUUGGAAAGACGACGACUGCCGAGGGUAUUGCUGAACUGUUCAAGAAGCCUCUGUUUCAAAUAACUUGCGGCGAUCUUGGAACCACUGCCCGCGAGGUCGAGGAGGAGCUUGAGAAGAACUUUGCCCUGGCCAGUCGAUGGGGUUGUAUCUUGCUUCUGGACGAGGCUGAUGUCUUCCUAUCUGCUCGAGAACGCAUGGACUUUAAGCGAAACGGCUUGGUUGCUGUGUUCCUCCGAGUUCUGGAGUACUAUACCGGUAUUCUGUUUCUAACCACUAACCGUAUCGGCGACUUUGACGAAGCCUUUGCAUCUCGAGUACAUAUGAGUCUGUACUACCCAGAGCUCGACGAAGAAAAGACACUCAAGGUCUUUGAACUUAACCUCGACCUCAUCCGAGAUCGAUUCAAGAAGCAGGGUAGAGAAAUCAUCUUUGACGCGUCCUCAAUUGAGGACUUUGCGAAGCAGCACUUUACGCAGCACAAGUACAGUCGUUGGAACGGUCGCCAGAUCCGCAACCUGUGUCAGACGGCCCUCGCGUUGGCAGAGUUUGACGCUCAAGGAGGUGAGCUCGACGCUGAGACUGACAGGAGUAUUCCUGUAAGUCUGCAGUUGAAGCACUUCAAGACUGUGCAGGCUGCGUAUCUAAGCUUCGGGGAGUAUCUGGGUGAUAUUCGCGGGACGAAGGGCGAUCGCAGGGCAAUUGACUAUGGGCUGCGGGCGAGACAGGAUACGCCGUAUCAGACAAAGUCUAGUCGGUUUGCGCAAAAAGCGGAGGAGAUGAGUUCUCAUGAGUGGCAUGGACAUGCCACGACGAUGUCUUCCGAUGCUUCGCAUUAUCGGGUGGCUUCUCAAGGGGAUCCGUUUCAGCCUUUGAACCAAGGCCACAUGCAGCCAAACCAAAGCAUGGGCGUAUCUCCGCAAGGAUACCGACAGUAUCAGCAGCCGCAGCAACAACAGAUGGCGCCGAUGGGCAACAUGGGCUUCGGCAUGUCCGGACAACCGGGACAAAGCCAGACGGACCCUCGCAUGAUGCAGAACCAGCAGUCGGAUGGACAGUACAUGCGGUACCAACAAAACAGUCAAGGUUACCAGCAGAACAACCAGAGUGUUCCUCGGAAUACCAACGUUAACUUUCAGGGGUCGCCUAUUCCUCAGAAUAGCUUCCAGAGCCAGCCGGAGCAGGGGUACGGGGGUGUUUCUGUUCAUCAGGUCAUGGGAUCACAGGUGCAGGUCCCAUCAAUUUCUAUGAGAGAGUCUUCUUCGCAGGGCUUUGUGUCUGGAUCUCAGACGGGACAGGAUAUGUUUAAUGAGCAGAAUCAUAGACAGUUUGUCGGGAAUGAGGGGGGUCGCAUGUAA